AUUUUGUCCAAUCAAAACAAUGAAGUGGUUAUCUGAUAUAUCAGAAUCACUUACUCUAAGGUUUGUUUGUAUUUACCAAUGUUUCAUUUCGUUUUAUGGCAAAAUCUUGAAUAUUAUUUUUCGGUAUGUAUUAGCGCUGUUAUUAUCUGCAUCAUUAUCGUCCACUGAAAAAUCUCGCAAAUGGGUGAAAAUUUACAUAAAAAGUCUGACUUAGAAGUUGAAAAUGAGAAUGUCGUCGUUGACUCAGUACUGAUGCAUAAAGCUACACCAGAAUAUCUUCAAGAACUACUAAAAGACAAAAGGCAGCUGCAGAAUUUCCCAAACAUAUUUUUACACUUAGAAUUCAUUUUGGAGAAAGAAAUUACUCGCGUAAGGCAAAAGCUAUUUCAUUUAAACGAAUCAGUAAAGAAAACUGAAAACGAGCUUCCAGUACCCUCCGGAAAUAUUGUGUCAUUACAAGAGAAGGUGUUUGUUCCUGUGAAGGAAAACCCUAAUUAUAACUUUGUUGGACGCCUUCUCGGUCCGAGAGGAUUGACUGCGAAACAGCUUGAACAAGAUUUGGAGUGUAAAAUCAUGGUGAGAGGUAAAGGAUCACUUAGAGACAAAAGAAAGGAGGAUUCAAACAAAGGAAAACCAAACUGGGAACACCUGGAUGAGGAGUUGCAUGUUCUGGUGAGCGUCGAAGAUUUUGAAAGUCGUGCGGCGAUUAAACUGAGAAGAGCGUCUGAAACAAUUCGUGCAUUUCUCGAGCAAGGAGUGAGAACGCCAGAAAAUGAGGACAGAUUGAAACAAUUACAGUUAAUGGAAUUGGCUGUUCUAAAUGAUAAAGAUCGUCAGCAAGCACAUAUUCAACAAGUUCAACAACACCAACAGCUCAUAUUACAACAUCAGUCACUUACUGUAUUAAAUCAUCAAGCGGCUGCAGCAGCCGCAGCUGCAGCAGCUGCAGCUCAAAUAUUACCAUCAAAUAAAUAUUCUUCAACUAAUAUUUUACCUCAGAUUCAAUCUCAGGUUCUUCCUGUAUCACUGGCAACAAACUGUUUACUUCCUGGAACAGUGAAUUCUGCAUUAUCUCAAGCUAAUUCAAUACAUUCCAUUCCAAAUAAUCAAUUAUCUCAUUCUAUCCCAUCUUUUAGCUCAGCGAAUUUAUCUACGUAUUUACCAAAUAAUAAUAUAUCCGGACUUUUAUAUCCUUUGACGGCAAAUGCAGCUUUAUCUGCAGCCGUCAGUACAGGAUCAGCUACAAAUAAUGGGCAACUUAAUCUAACUCUUCCUUUAAGCCAAAUCGCUGGCGGUAUUACUGGGAAUGGACUUUCUGGUUUAUCCUUGCCGAUUGGUUCUACGUUGCAUGCAGCCAGCCAUGAUCAGUUAGCUGCUGUUGCAGCUGCUCUCCUUAGUGGAAGUGGAACAGGAGGUAUUGGUGCAAGUAAUUCAAAUUUACAGUUAUGCAAUGGUAAUGUGAAUAAUCCUGUAUCAGGUGCUCAUAGUUACCCAAUCACUUCACAUACAUCACUUGCAGAUGCUGUAAAUAUUCUGGAAUUCAACAACGCACCAAAUACACAAGAAACUGGUUCAGAUCACAGUCUAUUAUUGAACAAUGGAUUAAGAUUGGGUUAUUGACUAAGUGUUCAAGUAUCAUAACGAGCAGAAGCUAUUGGAUGUUCAGUGACCUUCGGAUAUGAUUCCAUGCAAAUAAGUCAUACUGUAUGUAAUUGUUUAUUUUGCCCUAUACUUUGAUGUACAAGUGUGUUAUCUGAGUAGGAACAAGUUUAAGGUGAUCAGUUGUUCUUUAUAAAAUACGUUCAUUAUAGAGUUUUGCUUGAAUAAUUUAACUUUUUUUACAUACAGUUAUCGUUCAAAUACUUCAGAUUUCAUCGUGUAGUCAAUAACUCAUAAUAAAAUGCCAGUUAUAUCUGAUGUUUAAGUCAAUAAGCAGUUGUUAGGACCUCAGUUGGAAUAGAUGAAAUUUUCUUAAGACCAAUUGUUACUGUUACAGUUAAAACUGGGGACGAAAAUUUUUAUACAAAACUGAAGUUGUUUAUACAAUGGAUUGUAAGUUAAGGUCAUUAAUUCAAAAAUCACAUUGUCUAAGGAAUUGGAAGUUGUUUCCAGAUGCGAAAUAUCAUAGUAGAUAUCAACAUGAUAGAAUCAGAGAAGACGAUAUAAGAAAUAUAGCAACAUCGAAGGCAUUGUAAGUAAUUGUAAAACUGUUAGAAAUAGAGGUUGAAUUACUGGAAAUUAAGUGAUCAGAGAUGUAAUGUGUACAUAAAGUAGUGGAUUUAAUUCACACGUAACUGUUUUAUACAUGCUACUGGCUAGGAUCUUUUUAUUUGACACUGUAAUAUUCUAUAGAAGGUACUUAUUAAGCUUUAUGCAAAUAACAGCAUUGAUAAGUACGGGAAAUUAUACUUUUGAAAUAAUUUUCCAAAUUAUUUAUUUACGUUUGUUACGUGCGUAUUAUUUAAAAAUGUCAACCUACCAUGUUUUGUAGGACCACUUAAAUUACGUUCCUUGCAAGCCACAUCAUCCUCAGUUUCUCGAAUGCAUCCAUACCUAAGACAGUAAUCAAUGAAUGACGUCAUUGUUGCAAAUAAUACAAAAUCUGCUUAUAUCCAUGACAAAUAGCAGCUGUGAAUUAUUGUGAUUUUUAAUUUACCAGCAGGCUUUCAUUAAAUAAUCAAAAACAGUUUAUGUGCUUUCGUAUCACAAAUGCAAAUGCUUAAUAUCUAACCAGUUCAUUUGUCUUCUCUUAGUGUACUACAUGUAAAUUAAAUUGACUUACUCAAACAUCCCUUAUAGUUACUUGUUAUGCUUUUAUUUUCUACGAAACUUUGCUCAGAACUUGUAUUAUUAUAGUUUUUAUUACUACUGCAUAGGAUAGGGAAAAUAGAGACUGCUAUGUUAAAAGAAAAAUAUUUUGAUAUGGUUUUUUUCAUAGACACUAUCCAUGACACAAGAGUAAAUUGUCAGAGUUAUUAUAGGUGGGAAUUUUUGACUGUACUAUCAACUCGAAUCUACAUCAUGCAUACUGACUAAUAUCUUUGUUGUUAUUCUCAGUUAUAUCGAUAAUUUUCAUCACGAAUAACAAUGACGGUUAUUGUAUGUUCAAUAUACAUAUAUAACGAAUGUGUUCUUAUUUUGUUUUUAUUUAUUUUAAAUAAUAUAAAUUUGUGUGAAUUGAUGUAAAACAAGUUUAAAUAUCUUCCCUUCUACCAAUACAGUAGACUUAUUUUAAACUCUAACUAUGUGUAUAUUUGAUAUUACUGUACUAAACGUUUCCGUUAUUGUCAAAUUGUCGUUUUGUGAUUGUUCUCCCUGUUUUUUUCAUCCUAUUUUCGCUAAUUCAUAUCAUACAACAAAAUGUUUGACAACCAUGACAGAAAAUCUAGUUAUGAGACUGUUUUUUAUUUGCCCGUUUUUAGCACUGUCUAAGAGUAAAUUUUUAUCUUCCAGCCCAUAUUACUUUGUUAAAUCUUUUAUACAGUUGCCUAGAUAUUUUGGUUUGACGCUCAUUUCUCUUCAUCUUUUAUUUAAAUGAUUGUGUAAUCGCAUAACUAUAUUAAGUUUAAAAUAAAACUUGUUUGUGAAAACUUGUCUAGAUCCUUUUCUAUGAUGCAUUACUUUUUUUUAAAAAAACAAUUACAUCACUUCAUUCUCAUUACUUGAUUUCUUGUAUGAUCUAUUGAAAUGACAAUAUGUUCAUGGGAUUAUUAGCAGUCAGAGUGAUAUUGUCUUCCUUAUGACUGUACCUCCCCCAACCCUUAACUUUUGUCUUCUAUUUUAAUUAUUUAUUUUUAAGUUCCGUUUUAUUUUUUCCUUAUAUACGACUUCAAAAAUGACCAUUACUACGUUUCCAGCAUUUUUGAUCUGUCAACUCAGCUACUGAGUUAAAUUUACCUGUCAGUUUAUUUACAGGAUGAAAAUACGUUAAGAGAUGUGGUGAAAAAGAAAUGAUAGAUAAAUAGCGAAAAAGUGUUGCAAAAGCCAGAAGAAAAACGAAGAACAAAGUAGUUCCGGAAAAUUAGAAAUGAAGAGACAGCAAAACAGAAAGUCUUAGACAAAUAAUACUUAUUUUUUGUUGAGAAACGUUUACUUUUCUAAAAUAUUGUUAUUUUUUCCUUUGUUAGUACAUGUAUUUGAUUAACGGACCAGACGAUUGACAGGAUAAGGAUUCUCGUCAAUACUUCUAAUGGGACACAUCUUAAUGCAAAUGGCUUAGAAACUGUUGGUAGGAUAAACAUUAGGUUUUUUAUAUUUUCAGAAAAUCCGUAAAUUAAACAAAAGAGUUGUAGUGUUUUUAACUUAUAUAUUUGGGAUACUAUUUCACGCACCAAUUUCUAAUACUUACACUAUAUAAUGUAAAAUAAAGAAUCGUUUUUAUUUAUCGAAAAUUGAUAAAAUUCUAUGCUUUUUCUAAGAUAAUCUAUCUUUAUGUAUGGGCGCUAAUUAUGUCAGAUAGCUACAUGUAUUUAAUUUAUAUGAUCCAGUUACCUAAAUGGAUAUAGUUUUUAAUUCGGAAGCUGUUAUCUUUUGGAACCAAAUCUAGGGUUAUGCACGAUCUGAUUUAAGUUAGACUACCACUGAAAACCUAGAAUCAUUGGACGGCCGUUUCAUCCUAGUAUAUGAGUCUUCAGCAGCACGAAUCCACAACCCUACCCUUGCGAACAGGACCUAGAAUCUUCUAUCUCGUGUCCGAACAUUUAAACUCUAGACCAUGUGCUUACUAGUGACUAUCAUUGAGAGGAAUUUUAUGAAGUCCUAGUGAGAGACUGUGACGAGUGGAGCUAAACCGUAUCGACCAUGAGACAUUUACCCACCAAGGGCAGUGGAAGAUGGUUAUGCAAUUUUGUGAACUGAUCAAAGUAAAAAGUUAAUACUGUUGGAUAUCAAUUCAAUGGUCUAGAUGUUAAGCGUUAGCGCGAGGCCGUGGACGCGCACUGCUGAGUCCGUCCAAUGAUUCUAAGCUUUAGAUUGUGAUCUAAAUAAAAUCAAUUCACGAUUUCAGUGUAAUGAUCUAAAUCUUACUGUUGAUCAAAUGUAUUUUAUACAGAUUUAAUAGGCUAAAGCCCAUAAAACAAUCGACUCAUGCUAUCUUAGUAUAGUUGAGAGCAAUUCAAAAAGAUACUUAGUAUAGGGCUGUACACUAUUUUAUUAAAACUGUUUAUUGGUUACUAGCUAAUGUAAGGAUUGAAACAAACCUGUUCAAAGUAUCUAAUAAUGAUAACUAUUUUCUUAAGCUUUACUUCUGUAGAUAUUACUUUUGUUAACACUAAGUAGAGUUGGUGUCGAAAUAAUUCAGCUGAAACUUGAGGUUGGAAAUAUACAAAACGCAUUACUAUAUAAUGAAUAAUAUAAUUGCUUCGUCGAUAUCUUCGUCCUAUCUUUCUCAAUUUUAAAAUCUAAACAUUAAGGUU